GUAGGGCUUCGGUGGUGUGAGGAAACAUGCCACGGGAGGCGAUGUCACAGCGAUAGACCCACCGUGCGCUGACACAAAGUUACCGGGACCGGAGGUGGAGGGCACACAGCCGCUUCUUUUGCAUGGAGAAGGGGCUUCUCUUACUCAGCCGAUCGCUCUCCUCCUCUGCAUCUGUCUCCCCUUUUUUUUCUCACUUGUGUUGUGGAUGAUGGGACUUUAACCAUGUGGAAGACAGCUGAGCAGCUUCCCUGGAUUUCGCUGACACCGUGCCCGCUUGGUCUCGCCUGAGAGGAUGGACACGCUGGAGUCAGAGCUGACUUGCCCAAUCUGCCUCGAGCUCUUUGAGGACCCACUGCUGCUCCCCUGCGCCCACAGCCUGUGCUUCGGCUGUGCCCAUCGCAUCCUGGUCUCUCACUGUGCCUCCAACGAGCCCGUUCAGUCCAUCGGAGCCUUCCAGUGCCCCACCUGCCGCUAUGUCAUCUCACUGAGCCCUCAGCGCGGCCUAGAAGGACUGAAACGCAACGUCACCCUCCAGAACAUCAUCGACCGCGUCCAGAGGGCCGCCUCCUCCGGCUGCCCACUGCCCCACAGCGGGCCAAACUCCCCCAGCGAGGACAAUCGACUCGCCUUGGUGCCCGCCGCCAUGACCAGCCCUGGAACGCCGCCCGAGCCCAUCCAGUGCCAGUUCUGUGAGCAGGACCCCCCGCAGGACGCCGUCAAGACGUGCGUCACAUGCGAGGUGUCGUACUGCGACGAGUGCCUGCGCGCCACACACCCCAACAAGAAGCCCUUCACGGGCCAUCGCCUGAUCGAGCCGAUGCCAGACACGCACCUGCGAGGCCUGCAGUGCCUGGAACACGAGGAGGAGAAGGUCAACAUGUACUGCGUCACCGACGAUCAGCUCAUCUGCUCCUUGUGCAAGCUGGUGGGCCGACAUCGGGACCACCAGGUCGCAGCUUUGAGCGACCGCUACGAGAAACUCAAGCAAGCGUUGGACUCCAACCUGAGCAAUUUGAUUAAAAGGAACAACGAGCUGGAGUCUCUGAUGGGGAAGCUGAUUCAGACAUGCCAGCACGUCGAGGUCAAUGCGUGCAGACAGGAAGGCAAGCUGAUGGAGGAGUGUGAUCUUCUGAUUGACAUCAUACAACAAAGAAGGCAACUCAUUGGCACCAAGAUCAAGGAAGGAAAGGUGGUGAGACUACGGAAACUGGCCCAGCAGAUCUCCAACUGUAAGCAGUGCAUCGACAGGUCUUCUUCCCUCAUCACCCAGGCUGACCAGACCCUGAAGGAGACCGACCAUGCUCGCUUCCUCCAGAGCGCCAAGGGCAUCACAGAGAGGGUCUCCAUGGCGACGGCCUCUUCUCAGGUCUUGAUCCCAGAGAUCAAUUUGACGGACACGUUUGAUACGUUUGCCCUGGACUUCACCCGGGAGAAGAAACUAUUGGAGAACCUGGACUACCUAACCGCUCCGAGUCCCCCAGGCAUCAGGGAAGAGCUGUGCACAGCCUCAUACGACACCAUAACUGUCCACUGGACGUCCGACGAUGAGUUCAGCGUUGUGUCCUACGAGCUCCAGUACGCCAUCUUCACAGGCCUGGCCAACGUUGUCAGCCUGUGCAACUCGUUGGACAGCUGGAUGAUCGUGCCCAACAUAAAACAGAACCACUAUACCGUGCACGGCCUGCAGAGUGGCACUAAGUACAUAUUUGUGGUCAAGGCCAUCAAUCAGGCUGGCAGCCGUAGCAGCGAGCCUGGGACACUGAAGACCAACAGCCAGCCCUUCAAGCUCGAUCCCAAGUCUGCCCACAGGAAGCUGAAGGUUUCCCACGACAACCUGACGGUGGAACGUGACGAGAGCACGUCCAAGAAGGGCCACAGCCAGGACCGCUUCACCAGUCAGAGCAGCUAUGGCGUCAUCGCCAACGUCUACAUCGACAGCGGACGCCAUUACUGGGAGGCCCUCAUUGGAGGAAGCACGUGGUACGCGGUGGGGAUCGCCUACAAGUCGGCCCCCAAGCACGAGUGGAUCGGGAAGAACUCCGCUUCCUGGGUCCUCUGCCGCUGCAACAACUCCUGGGUGGUCCGCCACAACAGCAAGGAGAUGGCCAUCGAGCCCUCCCCCCACCUGCGGCGCGUUGGGGUCCUGCUGGACUACGACAUGGGAACCCUGGCCUUCUACGACGCGGUGGGCUCCCAGCACCUCCACACCUUCCGGGUGUCCUUCGCCCAGCCGGUGUGCCCCGUCUUCAACGUGUGGAACAAGUGUCUGACGGUCCUCACUGGCCUGCCCAUCCCAGACCACCUGGAAGGCCUGGAGCCCCAAGACUGAGCCAGAGAAGCCCAAACCAGACUGUGUUUGAUAGGCCCCAAGCCCCUUCCACCCUACCUAAUGAACCACCUCCCAAUCCUGCCCCCUUUUUAAGGCACUUUGGUCCACCGUGGACUGACUAGGGAUGGCCCUCUAGAUACAAGUCUGAACCCUUUACAGAAAAACCUCCACCUCAUCUCAUUCUUGGCGCUUGGGCCAGCCGGACGAGGGUGGGUCACACACCACCCUGGGUCUGACCACGGAUCACAGUUGGUAUGGAAAGGAGGAAUCCACUCAAAGUAGCUGUACAUGAAGCAUUAUAGUUUGUAACCCAUUUCCAUUAAUAAAGAGCCAAAGUAGCCAUGUUUUUAGUAGCAAAUGUUUUUACUGACAGUCUACGAGUGCUCAUUUGAUAGAUUCACAUUAUUUAAGCGUAUGUUGGCAAAUAGUAGCAGUUGUUUUCAUGUAUACUUUUCCCUGCAUUUGCACAUUGUUCAUACAUUAUUUAUGGUGAGUUUGUCGUGGAUGGAAGCAUAGAGACAUGAAAACUCUAGGGAAAUUGAUUUUUGUGCAAUUACCUUUUUUCUGUUAAACUAUUGUGUAAACUAUUUUGUGUCAACCAUACUUUUUGCUAGACAAACAUGUCUUUCCUACAAGUGUGUACUUGUAUAGAUAUCAAAUGGAUGAAAGGUAGGGAUUUGAUUAUUAUUAUUUGUCGGCCCAUUGUUUUUAUUUCAGUCAGAUAGAUUCUUGGUUGUUUAAUCAUGCAUGUUCAUGUGAAUUCCUCUAGUUUCCUCCAAACUCCCAGAUAAAAUGAUUAUAAAUUUCUCCAGUUGGUCUUCUGCUUAACUCACUGACCCCUCGUCAACAAAUCCUCCAUGAUUAUGCUGCACUGUGAUAUACUCAUUGUGCGCCCAACUAUCUACAGUAAUUACUUUAGUCCGAGACCAGACUCCCAACUGGAUACUCUAGGAAUUUUUAUUGACCCCAGGGGUCACCAACACAAGUAAUAUUAGAUUUUAGGCCACUACUCACAAGCACCUGAUUUUGUAAAAUAGUUUAUAUUUUAUUUUAUUGGUGAUCAUGGAUCAUUAGUGGAGAAGGUACAAGAAAACCUUGGUAUUUUCACAGUUUGUCAUUGUGCUGUCAAACAAGAAACAAAAUAAGUUACCCAUAAAUAUAUUUUGGGGUAAUAUUUAGGCAAUAUGUUUCUUUGUAUUUCAUGCAGAUUGUUUAGUAUGUGUUUCCAUAAUUGUAUAUUCCAUAAUUAUCUUCAAUGUGUUGAUAUGAAUGCCGUGGACACUAUUCAGGAAACAUGUUCUGAAUGCUUGCUUCACUGUGCAAUUCUUCAGUAGCAAAUGUUGAAGGUUCAAUAAAGAGAAGUACUGUGUGUGU